AUGUCUACUCCACCACCACCGGGAGGUCACCGUACGUUGCAGAGAAGGAGACAGGCGCAGGCCGUGAAGGAGAAGCAGCAGACGCAGACGCCUACCUCUGCGCGUGCUGCUGGGUUCGGGGGCUCCAGCAGCAGCAUCCUGAAGAUUUUCACCGACGAGGCCGACGGACUGCGUGUGGACCCGCUCGUAGUGCUGUUCCUGGCCGCCGGUUUCAUCUUCACCGUGAUGUCCAUGCACUUCGUCGCCAAGAUGACCGGCCAAGUGUUCUGA